AUGUUUCCUAAUGGUAGCAAAGUUGAAAGUGCAAGUAUUUUGAUGAACUGCCCUGCGGGAGUAGACAAUACAAAAUACUGUGUAAAAAUAUCUCAAGAAGUAUUUAUACAUUCGAAUGUUUCCUUAGAUAAAACACGAAUUGUAUCCAUGGAAAUGACUAAUUUAGCUCCUAUCAUUGGAGUGAUUGUUGCGAGUGUGCUUUAUGCGGCAAUAAAUAUUGAGGAUUUGAAAGUUUAUACGAAAUUGAGAACAUUUGCUGAAUCAAAAAACUUGUCGAGAAUUAUAGUUUUAGCUAUUUUAAUAUUAUCAGCACCUAUAAUAGUUUCACUUAUUUUAUUGGCCUUGCUAUAUAAAGUAGUGUGUUUCUGGAUUAUAAGGGAAGUUGACAAAAACUUUGUAUCAUUUCUCGAUGGCAUUGAUGUAUUCUGGAGCUUAGAAGACGAAGCUACCAAAAAUGUCAUAAAUGUGUUGGGUGUAAUCGAAACAAUUUCUUCAGAAACGUUAGUUGAAAGGAUAAAACAAAAACUAACAGCUAUUGUUGAUAACAAAUGUUACAGUAAGAUGUUUUAUAGGCGGCAAGAGAAAUUCGGUUGGUAUUACUGGAGAAAGUACACCGAUAUCAAUUUAGAUGAAUAUGUAAAAAUUCUGAAUAUCAAAAACAAAAAUGUUGAACUUAACAACCAGGAUUUGGAAGAUGUAAUGUCAGAGUUAUCUUAUCAUCCUUUACCAUUUCAUGAUAAAGGCAUGUUUCAAAUUCUUGUUACUAAGCAAACCAUCGGAAAUAAUGCAACGGGGAGAAGUGAUUACGGCAUAAUAUUUAGAAUUGAUCACGCACUUGGCGAUGGAGUUGCUUUGAUCAAGGUUCUAUGUCAGACGCUUUCCGACCAAACGGAAAAUGACCCCGAUAAUUUAUUAUUCAUGCCCAGUAAUUAUAUCGCCACUAAAGAAAAUCCUUCAACUAAUUUAUUGAAUACAUUGAAGCAAUUAUGCACAAUGAUAAUAUGUUUUGUUGAUGGGAUCCUAAGGAAAUCCGAUAACCAUUCUCUACAUGGUCCGUCUUUGCUUGGAAAGAAAUUAUUCAAAUGGACAGAUCCGGAAGAAAAUUUAUUUCAGAUGAUCAGAGAUAUAAAACAACAUGAAAAGGAUAUGCAUUUUUCAGAUAUUUUAGUUACAUCAUUGUCUGGCGGCUUAAGAAAAUAUUUCGCAAAGACCAUGGAUCAUAUUCCAGAGGAUGUAGCUAUUAUUCUACCUGUUAGACUACCUAAUCUACCAAAGUUAGCUGCAAAAAAUGAGUUUAAAUUAGACAACAAUUUCACCGUAUCAGUAUUGGAUCUACCAACAAAAGGAAAACGGCCAAUCAAAGAAAUAAAAAGGCGAUGUAAUCUUGUGCGUAAAAGUGUCGAACCUCUGGUAAAACAUUAUUUCCUAAAAGUUGGUUAUUUAUUUCCGAAACAGAUUCUUCAACCACUUUUAAAGAAUAGUCAAGCCACGUUAAUAUUUAGUAAUAUGCCUGGACCAGAUUCUGUGAGCAUUUGUGGUGGUAAUUUAAUAAAAAGUUUAGUUUUCUUUAUACCAAAUAAAGGAACUACUGGACUCGGUGUAACAGCUUUAUACUAUGGCGGAGUUCUUCGUUUUUCUGCAAUGGCCGACGCUCGUUUGGUGCCAACAUCUGAAGAUCUGUCUCUUAUUCUCGACGCUAUGGUAGAUGAGAUCAAACAAAUGCAUGCGGCUUAUAUGAACCAGUCACAAUUAAUAUAA